UGCACACUCGCUUACAUGCUGACGAAGAUUCAGCCAAGCACACACACCCCCCGCUACUUAUCAGUGCAGACGAGCAGUUCUGUUCAUACUGGUGUGAGCAGCGAGUAGCUGUAUUUCACUCCCCAGCUGCAGCAGCAGGACGGCUCCACAGGAGUGCGGUCGUUACCAGACGUCACACACCAGCUGAAGUUCUGUCUCCUCAGCAAGUGGAAUUGCCAUGGAGGACACCCUCACCUGCAGCCAUGCCACCUUUUCCCAGGUGUUUGGACGCCAGGGGCAGCUCAUGCAAGCCACUGUCCAAUCUCUUAACAGCCUGAAUGACCAGAUUGCUCAGUUCAUGGUGACCCGACCGUGUGGUCUGGCUGAGGAGGAGGCCUUCAUCCCAGGAGAGAGGGACACCCUGAGGAAGUCCAUGACCCUGAUGAGACACCUACUCAUGGACGCUCAGGGGAAAAUCCUUAAAAUGAUGGAAGACAACAAGCAGCUGGCACAGAGGAUCGAUGGGGCCAUCCAGUCUGCAAGUCAAGAAGUGACCAACCUCCGAUCUGAGCUCUCCGCAACCAGCCGCAAACUGGCAGAGCUGGGAGCCAGCAGCCCCCCUGCGCUGGAAAACCACCUCCAGCACAACCACCACGAAGACAGCCUCCGCUACAGGGAUCCAUCAGUGCAUCACAGGCACAAGACGGUGGUGACAGACAUGUGCUACCCGACAGAGAUAUCCAGCCUGAUGGACUUUGGCACUGCUGACUGCUCGCUAGGCAAAGCGUUGCUGCGAGAGGAGAUCGUCCAGCUUCAGGAGGAGGUCCACCUGUUGAGGCAAAUGAAGGACAUAUUGAGCAAGGACCUGGAGGAGACCCAGGGUGGCUGCUCCGCCAAUCUGCUCUCCACCACCGAGCUCCGUGUGCAGCUGGUGGACAAGGAGCAGGAGCUGGACCGUGCUAAGGAGUCCUUACAAGCCAUGAAAGCGGACCGAAAGCGGCUAAAAGCUGAAAAGUCUGAUCUGGUGAGUCAGAUGCAGCAGCUGUACGCAACACUGGAGAGCAGAGAAGAGCAGCUGAGAGAAUUCAUACGCAACUACGACCAGCACAGAAAGGAGAGUGAGGAUGCAGUAAAAGUCCUGGCGAAGGAGAAGGACGUGCUGGAGAGGGAGAAAUGGGACCUGAGGAGGCAAACCAAAGAAUCCACGGAGCAGGCCAACAUCCUGCGCUCUCAGAUGGACAUGAAGGAGAACAGGAUUAAGGAGCUGGAGGCUGAACUCACCAUGGCCAAGCAGUCUCUGGCCACUCUGACAAAAGACGUACCCAAACGGCAGUCUUUGGUGGUGCAGCAAGAGCCGGUGGUGAACGGCAGUCAGGAGUGGGUGAUGCAGGCCGACCUGCCGCUCACGGCCGCCAUCCGUCAGAGCCAACAGACCCUCUACCACGGACACCACGCAGACAGGCAGGCUGUGGUCAGGAUCAGCCCCUGCCACACUCGCCAGCCCUCUGUGAUCUCUGAUGCCUCAGCAGCUGACGGGGACCGCUCGUCCACACCCAGCGACAUCAACUCACCUCGUCAUCGGACCCACUCCCUCUGUAACUCCAUGGAAGACCUAGAAGACCAGAAGCGUAAGAAGAAGAAGGACAAGAUGACUCUGGGAUCUCUGUCACGGGUGUUCACUCGAAGCAAGCAGCGCAAGUCACUGGACCCCGGCUUGUUUGAUGGUACAGCCACCCCUGAUUAUUACAUAGAGGAGGAUGCCGACUGGUGAAGCUGAAUGAGCGUGUGUGUGUGUGUGUGUGUGUCUGUGUGAGUGUUUGUUUCAUGAGGAUAACGCCAUCCUUCAACUGUGUGUGUUUUCGGAUGUGUCUGGAGGAAGAUGAUGGAUGGAUUUUAAUGUAAACAAAGAGACUGCUGUCAUAUUAAUGUACAGUAUACUACUCAAGAAAAUGUAUGUUUGUAAAUUAAAUAUAUAUAUUUAUAGUUGUACAUGUAUGCAUAUGUAUAUAUGUUUACAUGCAUAUAAAUAUAUAUACGGAUUUAUUACAAUGUGUAGACAUGUUUAUGCUGUAUUAUCUUCUAAAUGUCUUAAUGUUUUACAUUUCUUUUUAUAUAAAUAGAGAAUUGAAGGACUACUGUUUAUAUGUAUAUAUAGGAGCUAUUGUGAAAAUAGUGUUUAAAUGUUUAUGAUAUCUGGGUUUUGUUCCUCUAUAGUUGCUUUCAUCAAGGUUUACAGCAUUGAUCUUUUUUUUUUAUCGUUAGUUUUUAAACCCUUUUCAUGCAGAACAUUAGUACGCUUUACCCAGUUAACCUAAAAGAAACACUGAUUAGAUUUUAUUGAUCAAACUGUGUUGUUUAGUUUAUGUUGAUCUGUUACAGGACUGCAUUCAUGCUCAUUCACUGCAUAGUACACUGUGUACAACAGGGAGGGUUUUGAAAAGAUCUCCUGCAUUUUAUAUUGAAAAUUAUUAGGGAUGUCCCGAUCAAGAUUCGCUUGUUCCUGAUAUAGACCCGAGUCAUUUUAGAUUCAAUAUUUGCUAAUGCAGAGUCUCAAUCCAAUACCUUCACAUCCUUAGGUAUAAUAAAGGUGUACAUAGUUUAUACCUCAUUAGCUCUACAGAAGCUCAAUGACUAUCCUGCUCUCUGUAGCCACCAUUCUUGUACUGCUAAGCUGCAAGAAGAGUCCCUCAUGUACAACUAACUGAACCUUGUAUAUGAAGCUUUCUGAUGUCUGAGAAAAGUAUCUUAAUUUUUGAUCAAAUCUUCAAAAAGUUUCUGAAUUCAUGCAUGAAAAAACUCUGACAUCAAAGCAGAAAAAACUCAAUCUUAUAGCAAAAUCAAAAGGCGCUGCAUUGUGAAAAAACAUAUUUUGAUGCAAGUAAAAUGCUUUAUUCUGUCACAUACAAAUGCCAGACUAAAGUCAAUGAGCCCUCCCGGAGAAACUGAGUUUUCAGUCCCAUACAGGUUAAUUCAUCUGCAAAAAAAAAAAAAAAACUAAUAAUGCUAUGCUUCACUUGUAGUAGAGAUGAGCCAAGCAGAGCCCUCCCCAUCAUGUGCAUGUCAAAUGUGGCAAGUCUGCACAUUUUUAGCAUGAAGUAAUGAUAUUUUCCACUUCUGAUAAACUUUGUUAAAGCACAACCUCAAUAAAUACCAGGUUUUCUAAAUACAACCAUAUUGACAGACAUUUGAAAACAUGUAGCAGGACUGGGACUUUUUUUGUUCUGUUUUGUCAUAAAAACGUAGAAAAUGAACAGAAACAUUGGUAUUCCUAGUUAGUGCUUGAUUGGUUUAAGGAUGAAUUUUAAUUGAAAUUUUUAAAUUUAAAGCUACAAAUAUUAACAGAAAGAUACCUAGAAACCGAAAAUUCCAAGUGGGGCUUGCAGCCCUGACCUCAAAAUUUAACAUGGCUGCCUUGCACAUAAAACAUAGUGACAGCUGCAAUGAAAAACAGUUUUAUUUGCACUUCUGAUUAUUGUCUGUUAUUAAGUCUUUCAUGCAUCCAGUGAAAUACAUUGUAAACCGUUUUUCUAACAGUAGUUAAACGUGUAACUGAGACCUCCACUGUUUUUGAACUUGGAUAACUUCCAACUUCAGAAGUGAGUGAAAUGGCAAAUUCAGACACCAGCACUGGUUUCUGGUGAGUAAAAUUUCCCUAGUCAGUUUAUUUGGUUUUUGCUCGCAAAUAAUCAAUUCUAACAUUUAACCAGUAGCACUUUUACCAAAGUGUUAAAACCAUGCCUCCAAAAAAUAAUCUGGAGCUGAUAUUCCAGAUCAGAGCGGGACAUCCCUAAACAUUAUGAACAACUACAGGCAGACAAACAGCCUUUUAAUGUAAAGCACAACUCCACUGAGUUAAACACACAAACACAAAAUUAGCUUUCCAAACCAUAUGCAAGUGCCAAAGGUUUCAAACUCAUCACCUUCAGCUUCAACAUUCGGUCGCUGUUAGAGGCAGCCAUAUAACACUGUUAAUAUGUGGCACUCAUUUCCAGCUGAGUGCUAUCUAACAUGCCAAUCUGAGACAAAGGAAUGUGCUUCAAAUACAUGCAUGAUCUCUGUGUUUCUUUGGUUUGACAUCAAUUCAUUUCCAUCCAAAUUAAGUAUCAUUAAAACAUCCUUCCUGUGUUUCUUUUCCCUUGAUUUGUUUUAAACCAAACCUUGCUUUACGAAUGCCUUCCCCCUGCCAUAAAAUUGUUUCUAUCUUUGUUUUUUGUCUUGUUUACUCCCUCCUCAUUUCCUUCAAAUAUGGCUCUAAUAAAUCUGUUAAAAUGCUUUGUAAAUUAGGAAAAUAAGAAAUGCACAAAAGAUGAAAACUAUUGAAGUAUUUUAUUAUUUUAAAAAAAAUGAGAUAAGCAGGGAGGUAAUUCCUGAUAUUUAUCCGCUGCAGCUGUUGCAGUCAAAUGUUGAGGAGGUUUCCAAGUGAAUUAUAACUGAAAUGAAAAUCCUAUUUUAAAAAUAAAACCAGAAAGUGAA